AUGUCUUCUGCAAAGUUCCCACUCCCCGGCGCUUUCGACUUCUCAGCGCCAGAAGCAUGGCCAACCUGGAAAGCCAGGUUCGAAAGAUUUCGCUCCUUGACCAAACUGGACGAGUCAGACCAGCCACGCCAGGUGGAUACGCUUGUUUAUUCCAUGGGUCCCGAGGCCGACCCGAUUUUCGAGUCUUUGAACCUGUCGGCGGAGGACAAGAAGAAAAUUGCCCCUGUCCUUUCAGCAUUCGACAAGUAUUUUCGGCCUGGCGUGAACGUGAUCCACCAGAGGACUCUUUUCGAGCACUGCGUGCAGUCCCCAGGGGAAACUGUCGAAACGUAUGUCCGCCGACUACGAGCCGCCGCCAAGUACUGCGCAUUUGAUAAACCUGAUGAGAGAAUCCGAGACCGACUCGUAGCUCACAUGACGAACAGAGAAGUUUCAAAAAAGCUACAGCUCGAGGAUCACACCUCACUGGACUUGGAAACAGCCGUGAGUCUUGCUCGGAAAACGGAAUCCGUGAAUGCUGAAGUCGCCCAGCAAUCUUCCUUGGACGGGCAUCUCGGCAAGCAAGCUGCUGCAGCUAUAACUAGUCGCGCUCGAGGCCAUGGACAGCGCUCCUCGCCUGCAUCCAGCAAGUCGUCUAGUAAGAAAUCGUACCAAUCGUCAAGUGGAAACUUUCGCAAGUGCUUGUGGUGUGGUUCUUCAAAGGAUCACAAGGCAAACCGCGAUGAAUGCCCAGCGAAGUCAAAGACGUGCUUGACUUGCCAGAAGACAGGCCACUUCGCGUCAGUUUGUCGUAGCAGUUCCAAUGGUUCUGGACGCGCUGCACAUGCUGCGUCGACGACAGGACAUGACGAAGACCCAGCACACUUUCUGGGAGCAGCCUCGACUCAAAGUAACAGUGCUGACGCACCCUGGACUGUGCAGCUCCGUGUGUGUCACGCGGACGUCAAUUUCAAGAUCGACACAGGCGCAGACCUGAAUAUCUUGACCCGUGACUGUUUCCACACACUGCCAGAACGACCAGCACUCAGUCCCACCAAGUCUCAUGUCACCGGAGCAGAUGGCAAGAAGCUUGACAUUGAUGGCGAAUUCAGUACUGAGGCUACCCUGCAUGGUGUCUCGUACUCCAUCACACUCCUGGUCAUUGCCACUGGUGGUGUCAACCUGCUAAGCCGCCAAACCUCGCAGAGAAUGGGUCUAGUCCAGCGAGGCCACAUAGGUGUGUCAACUGCUAGCCCUGCCCUUGGUUGCAUGCUCGGCGACCCAGUGAAGAUUGAGCUUCGCCCCGAUGCAAAGCCAUACAACUGCGUCAACGCACGCCGGGUGCCCAUCCAUAUCCGCCUCAAGGUUCGUCGCGAGCUGGAACGGAUGGAAACUGAGGGGGUGAUAACGAAGGUAGAACAGCCGACAGACUGGUGUGCGCCGAUGGUCCCGGUGUUGAAGCCGAAUGGCAAUGUCCGAGUGUGUGUCGAUCUGAAAAAGCUCAACGCGAGUGUCAAACGGGAGCAUUUUCCGUUGCCUACUGUGGACGACACGCUGGCAAAGCUUAAUGGGUCAACCAUUUUCUCCACACUCGACACCGCAUCUGGUUUCUGGCAAAUUCCCCUGUCAGAAGAAGCCUCCAUGUUCACCACGUUCAUCACCCCGUUCGGCCGGUUCAAGUUCGAACGCCUGCCGUUCGGAAUCACCAGUGCUCCGGAAAUUUUCCAGCGCCGUCUCCAGCAGCUCCUCGGUGACAUCCCGAAUGUGGCCGUAUUCAUUGACGACAUCAUUGUGUAUGCUGCGACGAUGAGUGAACACGAUGCUGCCCUCGAAGCCGUCAAGCAGCGACUCAUAGACGCCGGUCUAACGCUCAAUCCGGACAAGUGUCGCUUCCGCCGCACGUCACUGAAGUACCUGGGCCACCAGAUCAGUGACAAGGGUGUCAACCCAGACCCAGCUAAGCUCGAAGCCAUAGAGAAGCUCACAGUGCCUAGCGAUGUCGACGAACUCCGUCGUGCACUAGGGUUGAUCACCUAUCUGUCUAAGUUCCUGCCCGAGCUGUCUACCGUUGCUGCGCCGUUACGCGACCUGCUCUGCAAUGACACUGCAUGGCAGUGGACUGCUGCGCACACCGAAGCCUUCAACCGCCUGAAGCAACUCGCCGCAGACGCACCAUGCCUCUGCUACUAUGACCUGGAAGCACCCACUUUGCUGACUGCUGACGCCAGCAGCUACGGUCUAGGUGCUGCUCUUCUCCAGUUCCAGAAUGGUGAAUGGAAGCCGGUAGCAUAUGCCUCGCGCACACUAUCAGCCGCUGAGAAACGCUACGCCCAGAUAGAGAAAGAGCUCCUAGCCACUGUCUGGGGUUGCGAACACUUCCACCAAUAUCUGUACGGUGGACCGCGUUUCACUGUUCACACCGACCACAAGCCGUUGGUCCCGUUAAUCAACAGUCGCGAUCUGGACCGUGUGCCACUCCGGUGCCAACGCCUGUUGAUACGUCUGAUGCGCUACGACGCGCAGGCCGAGUACGUUCCUGGCAAGAACAUGGUAGUAGCUGACACUCUGUCCAGAGCCCCCUUGCCUACAGCACCCGUCAAGGAAUCGGAGCUUCACGGGGACUCCGAAGCGACAAUAGCGGCAGUCCUCGCCUCUCUCUGCAGCCCAGAGAAGGAGCACGAGCUUGUAGAAGCAACCGCCAAUGAUGUCACGCUACAGAAAGUACAGCACUACACACUCCACGGCUGGCCAGCUCGAGUCCCCGCUGACUUGGAACCGUAUCGCAAUGAGCGCGCUUCACUGUCUACUCAUGGUGGCCUCCUCUACCAUGGAUUCCGCAUCGUGAUUCCAGUAGCAGAACGCGCUAGCACCCUAGCCAAGCUACACGAUGGUCAUCAAGGCAUCACUAAGUGUCAAGCCCGCGCAAAGUCGUCUGCAUGGUGGCCAGGUAUCUCGAUGGCAGUUGCUGAGUAUGUCCGGAAUUGCACCAUCUGCUCCAAGCAUCGCUACCAACCACCGGAGCCUCUUCAACCAACUGAGUUCCCAUCUCUGCCAUGGGAGAGGGUAGGCGUAGACCUCUGCCACUACAAUGGUCAUGACUACCUCGUCGUCGUGGAUUAUUUCUCUCGGUAUAUCCACGCAUCUCCGGUCCGCAGCACGACAUCGCAGUCAAUUAUCAAGGAACUGCUGAAGUUGUUUGCGAUACACGGUGUACCCGAAGUCCUGGUAUCGGACAAUGGCCCGCAAUUCGCCAGUGCCGAGUUCUCAGCCUUCGCAACCGUGAUGAAAGUCAGCCACCGUACGAGUAGCCCGAGAUAUCCGCAGAGCAAUGGUGAGGCGGAGCGAGCAGUACAAACCGUCAAGCGUCUUCUCAAGACUAACGACAACCUUGACGAUGCCCUUCUCGUCUACCGGUCCACACCAUUAGCGAACGGGUUCUCACCAGCAGAACUGCUAUUCGGUCGCCGUCUUCGCACCCGUCUUCCGUCUACGAAGGAAGCGCUCCGUCCCGGCUGGCCGGAUAUCGAAGCACUACGGAAACGUGAGGCAGCCAGCAAGACACGCCAGAGUGCUAGCUAUGAUGCCGCACAUCGAGUACAGCCACUGCCAGUACUAGAGCAAGGUACAAGAGUUUGGAUCCCUGACCUAGAGUCAGAAGCAGUUGUCACUGAACGUACCGAUGAGCGUUCGUAUACCGUAGCCACAGACGACCUCACCGAGUACCGCCGUAACCGUCGCCAUAUCAAGAUACUGCCCGAUGUGCAACCGGCGCCGCAGUUGAAUGCCAGUGCACCUGAACCUCCAUCCGCUGAUGUAGAGUUUCAACCUGCCUUGCGCCGAUCCACACGUCCUUCCCGGCCGCCGCCGAGACUCGACCUGUGA